UUCUACCCGGAAAGUUUGGGGCUGGGCGCCAUGGCCAAGAGCAGCUCCCUGCAUGUCCGCGUGGUGGAGGGCCGGGCGCUGCCCGCCAAGGACGUGUCUGGGAGCAGCGACCCCUAUUGCCUAGUGAAGGUGGACGAUGAGGUGGUGGCCAGGACAGCGACCGUCUGGCGCAGCCUGAGCCCCUUCUGGGGGGAGGAGUACACUGUGCACCUGCCUCUGGAUUUCCACCACCUGGCCUUCUACGUACUGGACGAGGACACCGUCGGGCACGACGACAUCAUCGGCAAGAUCUCGCUGAGCAGGGAGGCGAUUGCAGCCGACCCCCGAGGGAUCGACAGCUGGAUCAAUCUGAGCCGCGUGGACCCGGACGCGGAGGUGCAGGGCGAGGUCUGCCUGUCGGUGCAGAUGCUGGAGGACGGACGGGGCCGCUGCCUUCGCUGCCACGUGCUCCAGGCUAGGGACCUGGCCCCCCGAGACAUCUCCGGCACGUCCGACCCGUUUGCACGUGUGUUUUGGGGCAGCCAGAGCUUGGAGACCUCGACCAUGAAGAAGACGCGCUUCCCACACUGGGAUGAGGUGCUGGAGCUGCGGGAGGUGCCCGGCGCCCCGUCCCCACUGCGGGUGGAGCUCUGGGACUGGGACAUGGUGGGCAAGAACGACUUCCUGGGCAUGGUGGAGUUCUCCCCGAAGACCCUGCAGCACAAGCCGCCCAAUGGCUGGUUCCGCCUCCUGCCCUUUCCCAGAGCCGAGGAGGAUUCUGGAGGGAACCUGGGUGCCCUGUGGCUGAAGGUGCGUCUGACCGAAGACCGUGUCCUGCCCUCCCGGUACUACCAGCCCCUCCUGGAGCUGCUCAUGGAUUCUGUGCUGGGGCCGGCAGAGGAGGACACUGCCAGCCCCCUGGCUGUGCUGGAGGAGCUGACCUCGGGGGACUGCCGCCAGGACCUUGCCACCAAGCUGGUGAAACUCUUCCUUGGCCGGGGCCUGACCGGGCCCUUCCUGGACUAUCUCACGCGGCGUGAGGUGGCUCGGACCACUGACCACAACACCCUCUUCCGGUCUAACUCCCUGGCUUCCAAGUCGAUGGAGCAGUUUAUGAAGCUCGUGGGCAUGCCCUACCUGCACGAGGUCCUGAAGCCGGUGGUUAGCCGCGUCUUCGAGGAGAAGAAGUACAUAGAGCUGGACCCGUGCAAGAUGGACCUGGGCCGCACCAGGAGGAUCUCCUUCAAGGGUGCGCCCUCAGAGGAGCAGAUGCGGGAGACCAGCCUGGGGCUGCUGACGGGCUACCUGGGGGCCAUCGUGGACGCCAUCGUGGGCUCCGCGGGGCGCUGCCCGCCGGCCAUGCGCCUCGCCUUCAAGCAGCUGCGCCGGCGCGCGGAGGAGCGCUUCCCCCAGGCGGAGCGCCAGGACGUGAAGUACCUGGCGAUAAGCGGCUUUCUCUUCUUGCGAUUCUUCGCACCUGCCAUCCUCACCCCGAAGCUGUUUGACCUCCGGGACCAUCACGCGGACCCUCAGACCAGCCGCUCACUGCUGCUGCUUGCCAAGGCCGUACAGAGCAUCGGGAACCUGGGCCAGCAGCUGGGCCAGGGCAAGGAGCUGUGGAUGGCCCCCCUGCACCCCUUCCUGCUGCAGAGCAUCUCGCGUGUGCGGGACUUCCUGGACCGGCUGGUGGACGUGGAUGGAGAUGAGGAGGCUAGUGCCCCAGCCAGGGCCCUGGUCCCGCCCUCGGUGACUGUUCGAGAAGGCUACCUGCUGAAGCGCAAGGAGGAGCCUGCCAGCCUGGCCACACGCUUCGCCUUCAAGAAGCGCUACUUCUGGCUCAGCGGGGAGACCCUCUCCUACUCCAAGGGUCCCGAGUGGCAGAUGCGCACCUCCAUCCCGGUGUCGCACAUCCGCGCUGUGGAGCGUGUGGACGAGGGCGCCUUCCAGCUGCCCCACGUGAUGCAGGUGGUGACGCAGGACGGCGCGGGGCCGCCGCACACCACCUACCUCCAGUGCAAGAAUGUGAACGAGCUCAGCCAAUGGCUAUCAGCCCUGCGCAAGGCCAGCGCCCCCAACCCGGACAAACUGGCCUCCUGCCACCCCGGUGCCUUCCGCAGCGCCCGCUGGACCUGCUGUCUCCAGGCCGAGCGCUCAGCUGCCGGUUGCAGCCGUACACACUCAGCUGUCACCCUGGGGGACUGGAGUGACCCGCUAGAUCCGGAUGCUGAGGCCCAGAUGGUGUAUCGGCAGCUGCUUCUGGGGAGGGACCAGCUCAGGAUGCAAUUCCUGGAGGAUUCCAGCAUGAACACGACUCUGGAGGCGGACACAGGGAAGGGCUCCAGAGCCACAGAAGGAGCCUGUCCUGAUGUCCUGGCCCGGCAGAGAGCAGCGGCUGCCCGCCUGCUGGAGGUGCUCUCAGACCUGGAUCAGGCCCAUGAAGAGUUCCAGCUGCAGGAGCAAGGGAGGGCGGCCCCAGGCCACCUUAGGCCCUGAGGAAAUGACGGAGCCACCUGGAAGGAGGAGCAAGGAGCCACGGGGCCCUCCUCCUCGUGCCCUGGCCCUGUAGUCUCCUCAUGGCCGUCUGGUACCUCUUUGAUGCUGUGGCUUGAAGGCUCCAGGGCAUGUGUGCCCCGAGUCCGGAACUCAGGGCAUGGAAUUCCCUUUGGCAGGGGCCAGCCUUGCCUUGAGUGACUCUCAUGCUCUGGGUUGAGUCAGACUGAAGUGGAUAGGAUAAGGAACCUGACUUAUUUGCUGAGCUUGGGGGUCCCUGCCUCCCCAGACUAGCCUCUCCUUACACCAAUGAGGCCAGCUUGGCCCUGAGCUGCUGGAUACAGCUAUACCUGAACUCCUAAGGCCCAUGUGGCCUCGUUGCCCCAGACAGGCACAAAAUGGGCUCAGCCUUUCCUGUUUUGAUGUCUGUUAGUCCCUGUAACCUCACUGAUCCUUCUGUACCCUGCCCUUGGCCAGGAGCCCCAACCACAGGCCUCCUCAGGAAGAACUGAGGCUAGGAGACCCGUGUGCUAGGCUCAGAUCCUUCGAACCUGGGAGACCUUGCCCUUCUUCGAGCCUCAGUUUACCCUGUAUGAAAUGAGGUGGGAGUGAGUCUGAUGUGUGGUUUUUAAAUUGGAUUCCACUGAGGCCAUUCAGGAGCCAGGGAGGGUUUCUCAGACUAUCUGGUCCACAGCCCACCCACUGGGGUGUCUGCUAGAAAUGCAGAUUCCUGGGCCCCACCCAGCUACUGACUCAGAAUCUGAAGGUAUGUGGGGGCAGGAAUCAGGGUUUUGAACGGGUUCUAAAGCUGAUGUGGGUGAACAUAAGGUUUGAGGACCACGGGCCUGGGAAAUAGGCAAUUUUAUAUAUUAGGGUUCAGGGUGAGAUUUUUGUCUGAGAAUGACAAAAAUAUUAUUAAACGUUUGGGAACACU